GGCGCAAAGAGGACAAGGGCAAGAAAAGGAAAAAAAAGUGCGGCCAGGACAAAGUGCCCAGCCUCAUUCAGGGAGGCGGGUGACCCAUCGCAAGGCGGCAGGCAUACGCAUUGCAAUACAACCGGACGCCGUCGCGCUGCAGCGCCCAACAGGGCGUCACUGUCUGCUCCGACUGCCCAGAAUAAUUCCUACUGGGCCAUCGUUCACCAGGUUGACACGCAUGCACGACUGGCACCGUCCCGUUGCGACUCGUUCCUCCGCGCAGUCCCCCGCGAGGGCGUCACGCAAGCAGUGGAACAUCUCCGGCGCACGCUCGGAGCCCAUCGCCAGGUGAAAGUCCGGUUUUUUGCCCUUCAGGACGUGCAUGAGGUGAAUUGGGAGAUGAGCAGGAUGCCGCCGCCGACAUGCCUGACGCAGCAGCCCCGCGGCUUCGACCAGUUCGCGCUGGGCCAAAUGCUCAGCGCCAGAAGCGUCCACGCGACGCAACCGACGGCGGCGACGGAAACGGACCCGCUGAGCACCCGCCCUCACCACCGCCUUUUACCCACCCGGCGCCUCGCUUAUUUUGGUCUCUUGCAGCCGCCCUGA